AUGACAGAAUCUGCAACGAAAAACAUGACAUCAUCGUCAUCAUCCGUGACGUCAGACUGGUCUCUUUUACCAGAGGAGCUACUACAAAUAAUAUCCGAGAAAGUGGAGGACUGUUUCGAUAUUAUUCAUGCUCGCUCUGUUUGCAGCUCGUGGCGAUCCACUUUCCCCGUUCCUUGCAUCUUAAGCCGCGAACGUUACUCUCUUCCUUCCUUCGCCAACUUCCCUAACGAAAGCAAAGACUUAUGCACCUUUGAGAAGAUCCCUUUGUUCCUCUUUACAGUCCAAACUCCUCCCCCUGCGUCGGCUUCUGAUUAUUUUCUCGGAGGGAUAGGCCUAGAUGAGGAUCAGACACAGCUCUCAUCUCCUAUUCAAUGUUCGUUAAAAGUGAAGAUCCCAGGGUCUGAUCCAACUUUGGUGAACCUGCGUGACUGCCAGAUUCUCCCUCUUGGCCAUCAGUACAGAAUGAUCGGUUGCGAUUCUAGAUACUGCAGAGGCCUAGCUUUUCUUCCGCUAAACAAGGAGGGAAGAGAAGAAUUCAUUGUGCUUCUCGGCUUCAGUAGAUUUUUGUUGCUGUUAAGAAGUUCUGAAAUGAAGUGGAAGCCGGCUCUGGACCUCGAAAGAGUCGAAAUUCAUAUAGUAUGUCACGAUAUAGUAACUUUCAAACGCAGGUUUUAUGCAACUGGUCGUUAUAAGACUACGAUUUCGUCUCUGGUCCUAACUUUGAGAAUCGAUCCUUUCUCGUUUCAAGUGAAUAGCAUACUGCCCGCGAAAUCUUGCUCACUAAAAUAUCUGGUGACAUGUGGCAAUGAUGAAGAACUUUUCCUGGUUGAGAAAGAAAACUAUUGUUCUGAUGAAUUAAAAUUGACUCAGUUCUCAUGCAGAGUGAGUAGGCUACAGGAGGAGCCUGAUCAUUGGGUCAAGGUCAGUGACUUAGGAGACCGUGUGUUGUUUAUUGGACGCUUUGGAAAUGUCUCAUGCUCGGCUAAGGAUUUUCCUGAUGGUUGUGGUGUGAGUGGGAACACAGUUCUGUUCACAAAUGAGCUAGACAAUGGAACAUACGCCUAUAAAUAUGGAGUGGAUGAUACAAGAAGAGACGAACUUGGUGGUCGCAAUGGUUGGAGGUUCUCAGGAGAGAAUCGUGUGACUAUCCGCAGUACAUCUCCCGUGGUGGCUUUCCGUGUUGAACACUAA